CCUCCAAAACUUUACCCAAAAUAAAAUAAAUAAAUAUUCCUCAAACCUUUUCCUUUCAUUCUUAUAUUCUUCUUCUUCCUCCUCCUUUUCUCAUCACUUAAAAAAGGUUGCAAUCAAAACAAAUAAAGUCCCUUUUGGCUUUUUCAAGAGACAACCAAAAUGAUCCUAUGAGAGAAAGAUUUAACCAUGCUUUGUCGGCCAUUUAAUAAAAAUAAAGAUCCUUCUUCCCACUUCAUCAUUAAUUCUUUCUCUUUCUAUUCUAACAUCCUCUUAUUCUGGAUAUUCAUUUUCAUGUAUUCCUUGUUCAUUUUAUUAGUACUUUCUUAAAAGGGUUUCUUAUUUUCUGAUCAAAAUUCUUAGCUUUUUCACCUUCAGAUCGAAGAUCCUCACUUUUUAGAUUGAGUUUAAUUAAUUAGCUUCAUGCUUCUUCUUAAUGUUCCUUCAACACAAGGAGUUGUUGAUCCCAAUUGGUUAACUGGUUUCUCUUUUUCUUAUCUCCUUUUUCAAAAGUGAUGGUCGCCUUUGAAAGGUCUUGAUUCUUAAGAUGUUUGGUAACAUCAAGGAGGGGAGUGCUUUUCCGAAAGGGCAUUCUGUUAUUUUAUUGCUUUUGACUUUACUUAUUUCUAGCACAGAGGGUUUGAACAAAGAGGGAAAAAUCCUAUUGGAUCUUAAAAAUGGACUUCAUGAUAAAUAUAACGUUUUGGGAAAUUGGAAGUCUAGUGAUGAAAAUCCAUGUGGAUGGAUAGGUGUAAAUUGCAGUUAUGAAUAUAACAGUAAUGAUCCAGUGGUUGUUUCUGUUAAUUUGAGUUCUAUGGAUCUUUCUGGAACUUUAAAUGCUAGUAGCAUUGGGGGGCUUAUAAAUUUAACUUAUCUCAAUCUUGCUUACAAUGGUUUGAAUGGAAAUAUCCCAAAAGAGAUUGGUGGGUGUUUGAGUUUGGAAUAUCUUUACUUGAACAAUAAUCAAUUUGAGGGACUAAUUCCUGUUGAAUUAGGUAAGCUAUCUGUUUUGAGAAGUUUGAAUAUUUGCAACAAUAAACUCUCUGGUGUUCUACCGGAUGAGUUUGGAAACUUGACUUCGUUGGUUGAGUUAGUUGCUUAUAGCAACUUUCUCGUCGGCCCGUUGCCUAAUUCUAUUGGAAAUCUUAAGAAUCUUGAGACUUUCAGAGCUGGUGCAAAUAACAUUACUGGUAGUUUGCCGAAGGAAAUUAGCAGAUGUAAGAGCUUGGUACGUCUUGGUCUUGCUCAAAAUCAGAUCGAAGGGGAGAUACCGAGCGAGAUUGGAAUGCUUGUAAGCUUAAAAGAAUUGAUUUUAUGGGAAAACCAGUUGUCAGGAGUUGUUCCUAAAGAGCUUGGGAACUGUACCAGGCUUGAGAAACUUGCUUUAUAUGGGAAUAAUAUUGUUGGACCAUUACCUCAAGAGAUCGGGAACCUGAAAUCGUUGAAGUGGUUGUAUCUUUACAGAAAUAAGUUGAAUGGUACCAUUCCAAGGGAAAUUGGAAAUCUUUCUUCAGCUUUACACAUUGAUUUCUCAGAGAAUUCUUUAGUAGGUGAUAUCCCUUCGGAGUUCAACAAAAUUCGCGGUCUAAGUUUGCUCUUUCUCUUUGAGAACCAUCUAUCCGGUUUGAUACCAAAUGAGUUUGGUAACUUGAAGAACUUGACAAAGCUCGAUCUGUCGAUAAAUAAUCUUACUGGUCCCAUUCCACUUGGCUUCCAAUAUUUGACGCAUAUGUAUCAGCUGCAACUUUUUGACAACUCCCUUAGUGGUAUUAUUCCUCAGGGACUUGGACUUUAUAGUCCUCUUUGGGUGGUUGAUUUUUCUGACAACAACUUGACAGGAACGAUACCUCCUCAUCUAUGCCGAAAUUCUCAUUUGAUGCUGUUGAAUCUUGCUGAUAAUCAGCUCUAUGGAAACAUACCAACAGGGAUAUUGAACUGUAAAUCAUUGGCACAGUUGUUGUUGGUUGGUAACAGGCUUACUGGUGGCUUCCCUUCAGAAUUGUGUAAACUGGAGAACCUUACUGCCAUUGAUUUGAACAAGAACAGGUUCAGCGGUCCGCUUCCUCCCGAAAUUGCAAACUGCCACAAUCUGCAAAGGCUUCAUGUUGCAGACAAUUACUUCUCAUUGGAGUUGCCUAAGGAAAUAGGAAAUCUCUCUCAAUUGGUAACUUUUAAUGUUUCGUCGAAUCUUUUCACUGGAAGAAUCCCACCUGAAAUUUUUUGGUGCCAAAGGCUGCAGCGUCUCGAUCUCAGUCGGAAUAGUUUUACUGGUUCGUUGCCGAAUGAACUUGGAACACUUCAGCACUUGGAGAUUCUCAAGCUCUCAGACAAUAAGUUAUCUGGAUAUAUUCCUGCAGCAUUAGGAAAUCUGUCUCAUUUGAACUGGUUGAUGAUGGGUGGCAAUUCAUUUUUCGGCGAAAUACCGCCUCAGUUGGGUUCUCUUUCAAGCUUACAGAUAGAAAUGGAUCUCAGUUACAAUAAUCUUUCUGGAAGAAUCCCGUCUCAGCUCGGCUAUCUCAACAUGCUCGAAUACCUCUUUCUCAAUAACAAUCAUUUGGAUGGCGAAAUUCCAAGUACAUUUGGCCAGCUUUCGAGCUUGAUGGGGUGUAAUUUCUCAUACAAUAACCUCUCUGGACCCAUCCCUUCAACUAAAAUUUUCGAAAGUAUGGUUUUAAGUAGCUUUGUUGGUGGUAACGCAGGUCUUUGCGGUACACCUAUCGGUGACUGCAAUAGCAUUUCAGCUUCUCGGUCUGUUCCUCCGGGGAAAGGCAUUGAGUCUCCUCGUGCCAAAAUUGUUAUGAUCAUUGCGGCUACUGUUGGUGGUGUUUCUCUCAUUUUGAUUUUGGUUCUUUUAUAUUUUAUGAAACAACCUCGGGAGGCCAUUGGUUCCUUUGCGGACACUGAAAAUCCAUCCCAAGAUUCAGACAUCUAUUUGCCUCCAAAGGAUGGUUUCACAUUUCAAGACCUACUUGAAGCUACGAAAAGAUUUCAUGAAAGUUAUGUUAUCGGUAGCGGAGCAUGUGGAACAGUUUAUAAAGCAGUGAUGAAAUCUGGUAAAACCAUUGCUGUUAAGAAGUUAGCAUCUAACAGGGAAGGGAACAACAUUGAGAAUAGUUUCAGAGCCGAAAUAUCGACUCUAGGAAGGAUAAGGCAUCGGAAUAUAGUGAAGCUGUAUGGUUUUUGUUAUCACCAAGGUUCCAAUCUUUUACUUUAUGAGUACAUGGAAAGGGGAAGCUUAGGUGAAUUAUUGCAUGGUUCUGCAAGUAAUUUGGAGUGGCCGACUCGAUUCAUGAUUGCUCUUGGAGCUGCCGAAGGUCUUGCUUACUUGCAUCAUGACUGUAAACCAAAGAUUAUUCACCGUGACAUAAAAUCUAACAACAUUCUGCUUGAUGAAAAUUUUGAGGCUCAUGUCGGUGAUUUUGGCUUGGCAAAAGUGAUUGACAUGCCGCAGUCGAAAUCAAUGUCUGCGGUUGCCGGAUCUUAUGGAUAUAUUGCCCCUGAGUAUGCUUAUACCAUGAAGGUUACAGAGAAGUGUGACAUAUAUAGUUAUGGCGUUGUGCUCUUGGAAUUGCUAACAGGAGAAACACCAGUUCAGCAAAUGGAGCAAGGAGGUGAUCUUGUCACAUGGGUGAGAAACCAUAUUCGGAACCAUAACAACACAUUGUCGUCAGAGAUACUCGACAAUCGUCUUGAUCUUGAAGACCAAAUCACAAUAAAUCACAUGCUCACUGUUUUGAAACUUGCUUUAAUGUGCACAAGUAUGUCUCCUUCUAAGAGGCCGACAAUGCGCGAAGUCGUGUUGAUGCUCAUCGAGUCUAAUGAGCGAGAAGGAAACUUAACACUCACAAGAACUUGUCAUGAUCUUCCUUCCAAAGAUAACGCAUGAAUAAGAUUUUUGUUAACAAAUAUGAUUUUUUUUCCUGCUAUUUUUCCAUGGUAUUGUUUUCCACUAGAGAGAGUAGGAUGAUGAUUUUUGUACAUUCUUUCACUCCAUAAUGCUACUAGAGUUGAGGAAUUUUUACAUCUUUGUAUUGAUUUCAUGUUCAUGUAUUUUCUUUUUUAAUUCAGUAUAGUAACUUUAUUGUACAGUUGGGAAUUACCAUUGAAUGUGUAUCAUGAAGGUUAUGUUUAGAUGUAGGGAAGGAUAACUGUUUUAGUAGUUAAUGUAACAUGGUCCUAGAUUUUAAGUUUUAUAAUAAUGUAUUUCUAAUUAUGAUAAAAACUUGGAACUUGAUUGAGGUUUCAAGAAUGUUUCAUAUUUAAUACAUACCAAUUCUAGAAA